GACACAGGACGGCGUUGGCCCCAGGCUAAUACAGUACUCUAUUUCGGGCCCUGUCAGAAGUGGAGGUGGUUCCUGUGAGGCCUUAGUUCACUAGUUCUCCUGGUUCACAUAUGAGAAGAAAGAUUGUGAACAAAAACCAUGGGGUCCGAAUUGGAGAACCUAAAUCCAAGUGCCAGAAUAAUGACGUUCCAUCCAACUGUGGAAGAAUUUAAAAAUUUCAGCCGUUAUAUUGCCUAUAUAGAGUCCCAAGGAGCCCAUAGAGCUGGACUAGCAAAGAUUGUUCCUCCUAAGGAAUGGAAGCCACGCAGAUGGUAUGAUGAUAUUGAUGAUCUGGUCAUCCCUGCUCCCAUCCAGCAAGUGGUUACUGGCCAAUCAGGCCUCUUCACACAGUAUAACAUCCAGAAGAAAGCUAUGUCAGUCCGAGAAUUCAGGAGGAUAGCAAAUAGCGACAAGUACUGUACUCCUCGGUAUACAGAUUUUGAAGAUCUUGAACGCAAGUACUGGAAGAAUCUCACUUUUAAUGCUCCCAUCUAUGGUGCAGAUGUUAAUGGCACACUCUAUGACAAGCAUGUAGAUGAGUGGAAUAUUGGUCAUCUGAAUACAAUUCUGGAUAUAGUGGAGAAUGAAAGUGGCAUUACCAUUGAGGGAGUAAAUACGCCUUAUCUCUACUUUGGGAUGUGGAAAACCUCCUUUGCCUGGCAUACUGAGGACAUGGACCUGUACAGUAUCAAUUAUCUGCAUUUUGGAGAACCAAAGUCCUGGUACUCCAUUCCUCCAGAACAUGGGAAGCGGUUGGAACGUCUUGCUAAAGGGUUCUUUCCUGGAAGUGCUCAGAGUUGUGAAGCUUUCCUCCGACACAAAAUGACCUUGAUCUCACCAUCAAUACUGAAGAAAUACAGCAUCCCAUUUGACAAGGUGACUCAGGAAGCAGGUGAAUUCAUGAUAACUUUUCCUUAUGGAUAUCAUGCUGGUUUUAAUCAUGGCUUCAACUGUGCUGAAUCUACUAAUUUUGCCACUCUUCGUUGGAUUGAGUAUGGAAAGCAGUCUGUUUUAUGCUCAUGCCGUAAGGACAUGGUCAAAAUCUCCAUGGAUGUCUUUGUGAGGAAAUACCAGCCAGAUCGUUACAAACUCUGGAAAGCUGGGAAAGAUGUGACAGUCAUUGACCAUACUCUUCCCACACCAGAAGCAGCUGAGUUCUUUAAGGGUGAACUCCUUCAAAAAGUUAAGAAUGAGAAGCAGUGCCCUGAGGAAACUGAAAUAGAGGAAGAAUGCAAAGGAGAUGAAGAUAUGGAGAAAAAGAAUGUCCCAAAGCAUCGCAUUGGAACCAAGCGGCACCGAGUCUGCUUAGAGGUUCCUCAUGAGGUGAGCGAAAGCGAGUCCUUUCCCAAGGAGGAGCUGGGCCCAGUGCAGUUUGAGAUGGAGGAAGCAGCCCCUCCAGUUGGACCUGCUAGAGAACCUAUACAGCAAGGGGAUGAAGGGCUUGCACCUCCAGAAUAUGCAGAUUCCUCUGAAGUAAAAUUUGAAGAACUGAAAAAUGUUAAACUAGAUGAGGAGGAAGAAGAAGAGGAACCAGAAGCAGCUGUCCUGGAUCUUUCUAUUUCACAUUCUGUGUCUUCAGUUUUGACCCAAUCUGCCAUGAAGUCAAGCCCAGUCUCCAGCCUUCAGUCUAGCUCUCCUUUGUGUUCUGGCUCUUCAGACUCUGAACCUCCUGAUCUUUCCAGGCAGUCGAUUGAACAAGCUGAGGUGCUCACAGUUCAUAGUUAUGCUAAGGAAGAAGUGAACGGCAUGGAGACUGGACAGUCUUCCCGGAAGAAAACCAGUUCCACAGCUCGUAUGGAUGAACAGGAGCUUGCAAAAAUGGCAAAGGAGUACAUAAGAUCUGUAAAAGAUCGUAAGAAGUCAAAAGGGCGUCGCCAGCCCUUGAGCAAACUCCCACGUCAUCACCCACUCUUGGUUAAAGAUAGCCUUAGUGAUGAUGAAAUGUCUGAGCAGUUAGCACCUGAAGAAGAAACUGAAGAGAUGGAAGCAUGGGCUAAGCCUCUCAGCCAGCUGUGGCAGAAUCGUCCUCCAAACUUUGAGGCGGAAAAGGAGUAUAAUAUUGCCAUGGCUCAACAGGCCCCCUAUUGUGCGGUGUGCAUGCUCUUCCAAACAUACCAGGCAGAUUGUGGAAGUCAGAGCUCACAGGCAGUUCCAGAUGCUCCUAAUGGAAAGAUGAGAACUAAGCCCCUCAUCCCUGAGAUGUGUUUUACUACCACUGGUUGUAGCACAGAUGUCAGCCUCUCUACCCCAUAUCUGGAGGAAGAUGGCACCAGUAUUCUGAUCACAUGCAAGCGCUGUCAGGUCCGCGUCCAUGCCAGUUGUUAUGGAGUAGCUCCUGAGAAGGCAACUGAAGACUGGAAGUGCUCUAGAUGCAAAGCUAAUGCUUUAGAAGAGGAUUGCUGCUUGUGCUCACUUCGUGGAGGUGCACUUCAAAAAGCCAAUGACAACAAGUGGGUCCAUGUUAUGUGUGCUGUGGCAGUUCUAGAGGCCAAAUUUGUAAACAUUGCCCAGCGUAGUCCAGUUGAUGUCAGCAAAAUUCCACUGCAACGCUUCAGACUGAAAUGUGUCUUCUGCAAGAAGCGGCGGAAGAGAAUUGCUGGCUGUUGCGUGCAGUGCUCUCAUGGCCGCUGUCCUACAUCUUUCCAUGUCAGCUGUGCUCAGGCAGCUGGAGUCAUGAUGCAGCCAGAUGACUGGCCAUUUGUGGUCUUUAUUACUUGCUUUAGGCAUAAAAUUCCAUCUCAAGCAGAGCGAGCUAAGGCUGCUCUACAGGAUCUUGCUGUGGGACAGGCUGUGAUAAGCAAGCACAAGAACGGACGUUUCUAUCAAUGUGAAGUGGUCAAUCUGACAAAGGAAACUUUUUAUGAGGUCAACUUUGAUGACGGCUCCUUCAGUGAUAACCUAUAUCCAGAAGAUAUUGUGAGUCGAGACUGCCUCCAGCUUGGUCCUCCCCCUCCAGGAGAAGUUGUUCAAGUGAGAUGGACAGAUGGUCAGGUCUAUGGAGCUACAUUUGUGGCCUCUCAUGUCAUCCAGAUGUACCAGGUGGAGUUUGAAGAUGGAUCCCAGCUUAUGGCAAAAAGGGAUGAUGUGUAUACACUUAAUGAAGAACUUCCUAAAAGAGUCAAAUCAAGGCUGUCUGUUGCCUCUGACAUGCGCUUCACAGAGAUCUUCACAGAGAAAGAAGUCAAACAAGAGAGAAAAAGACAGAGGGUGAUCAACUCUCGCUACCGUGAGGAUUAUAUCGAGCCUGCACUGUACCGGGCCAUUAUGGAGUAGCAGCUUGCAGGAGGAUUGCAGUGACCACCCCAAAAUGGAUCCUAGCACUCCAGCACAGCAGAGGCCAAACAGACAGUCUUCAUAUCCCACUUUUUUUAAAAAAAGAAAUGAAAUAAGCUUAUCUGACUCUGUAGCACCUUGGAGGUAUCGAUUUGGCUUUACUGGCAAACUCCAAGGCUAUCAUUUGGGAGCACUUCUCUGAGUUCCUGAAGCAUUUGGUUCAUACCAGCUCGAUGGCUUCGCCUUUAGCUGUGAGUUUCUUCAUUCAGUACAAACUGUUCUUUGCCAGAAGGAUAUCUUUCCGAUGCCAUCCAAGGAGCAGCCCAGACAGUUGCAGUGCUAAAAACGACCUUCCCCCACUUCUGAAUAAAAUGUCUAUUUCUGGGGGAAUUUCUGAGCUCACCCUGCCUGCACAAAGCUGGCGAUGUUACUGGUGCUUGACAAUGAAUUCCUUUUUAUAUUUAUAACCCUGUUUUUUGUCAUGAGCACGCUUCUUUUUUUUAAGCAUCACCUCUCUGAGAACAGAGCUAAGUGAGCGGAAGAAUGGAGAGUGAAACUAAUUAGCUCUCUUUAUUCCCAACUUCUUGAACCUUUGAUUAAGCUUUUGUCCGUUUUAUAUUCAGAGACUUAUUUACUCAUAUGUUUAAUUGUUAUAGUUUGUGCCUAUGUAAUAGGAAAAGGUUUUGAGCCAUUCAGCGCUGCGCAUUCCUCAGGCAAGAGAAUCCUGGGAAAUAUCCUCGAUUAAGGCAAUAAGGACUACAAGGAUUCCCAUUCCCUGUUUGGCUUGGAAUGGCCACAAACUGGGCCCAGGUUUGCAACAAGAUUGCCUGGGAAAAUUAGCAUUCCUUCAUCUCACUGGCAAUGACCCCAAAUUAUGGGGUAUUUGAAUCCAAUUAGAAUAUUCAUUAAAUGAUGUCAGGGGUCAGCAUUAUUGGUAUUUCCGUUUGGAAGCUUUGCACUGUUUUUGCCCAAACCUAUUCAGGUAAGACUAGUAGAAGGGCACGUGUAUAUUUAGUUUUAUUUUUGUGGGACAGGGAAGGAAGUUCAAAGGUACAUUUUCAAGAGGUGUCUCUUUUCUUGCUGUGCAGUCAUUGGGGACAAUUUUCACUCAGAUAUAUUGCAAGAAAAAGUACAAAGCUACUUCUCCGGUUAUAAACAUGCCCUUGUAGUCUAUGGCUGUAGUACCCAAAACGUGGCCAUAUCAUCUAAUCUUGGAAGAUAAAUUUUUACUGGAUGCUCCAGGGAAGACUGUAGUAUUCUUUCCCUUUAUUUAACUAAUUAUAUUGCUGCACGAGGUUCACACAACAGAUUAUGUCAACAAUUAAUAGAUGCAAAAUUUGACCAAUUACUCUUCAGCGUGCAGAUGAACAAAAUUUGAAAGCCUUUUCUGACUCUCUCUUCCUUUAUUAAUUAGGAUCCUGAGUGCAUUUGGAGGAAACCUAGAAGAAGUGGAGAGAUGCAAAUUUCAGUAUACAGUGUUGAUCUCCUCUCUGUAUUACUUUAGAAUUUAAAUCUGUAUUACUGUAGAGAUUGGCUCUUCAUAAGCACAAUAUAUACAUAAGGGAUCUACUUUUGAAAUAUCUGCAAUUGGACACUGCCUCUCAACUUGGAAGUAAGAAUGGUAAUUACAUGUGAGAAUAUCUUAUUGCUCUCAGUUGCUGCUUUUUAAAGAGUGACAUGUCUCCAGUCUCCUUUUGGGUCUUGAAUAGACUUCUGUUCUCUCCCUAGUAUUUAUUUAAGUGGUUUGUGCCAUCUAACAGGGUGGGCAGCCUUUCUUUUUGGCCCUUGGGUAUUAGGCAAAAGCCAUCCUGGGUAAUACAUUCUCUCUGUCAGUAUUAUUCUGAUGCCCAGGAAUGUUUUUAUUAUAAAGCAGAGACCCUCCUCUCUUUUCUUGUCUUUUAGCCAGGGGGCUACUGCCUUUCUAUAUCAAUAUUAAAACUGAAUCAUGAUGCUAAAGAUUAGUUCAACAGGCAUAGGGACUUUUUCUUAGAUUUUUUUCUUCCCCAAAAUGCUUUCAGAUUGAAAAUGAAAUUUAGAUGGCACGUAUCACUAGAUUAAAAAAUAUUAUUGAACUAUAGGUUGACCUGUGGUUCAAAACCUUCCUGAAUUUUUAAAAAUAAUUCACAUCAGUGGUCAAGUACAUCUGUGCAUAUCUACAAAUUGGUUUCAUGUUGUAGAAUGUAGAAGAACAUGAUUUUACAGGAUUGCGUGCUAACAAUGUCCACACAAUGUCUGUUUAUAAAAAGCAGUUGAGCGGGCAAUAAGAAGUCCAAGAGCCCUUUUAAGCAUUAUGUCCUAUUGUUGUUUACUUCUUACAAAUGUAUCUGUUGCUUUCAUCCAAACUGCAAUUAUUUUAUCUUAAGUCAAUGUAAUAAUAUUGUUGAUUAAUUUUAUAAGUUUGAUACAAUAAUUGGGAUAAACUUCUUCCUAUUGAUGGUUUAACAAGCCUUUGAAAAUAUAAACCCCAUUUUCUUAGUUUGUCCCCAACAUUUAACACAUGUACACACCUCUGUAUAAGGUUGCACCGGGCUUAGUAUGCACAGAAAAGAACAGGAUGAAAUAUGUGAUCUAAACAUGAUCUGUCAUGACUCCUUGAAGACGGACUCCAAUAAUUUCUGACCUAUUUGAAGUUGUACUGGUUUUGGGAUGCCAGUGUGAGAUGGAUACAAGAUAGGCAGCUUUAUGUAUUGUUUUCCUGAUCUAGUAAUAUAAUUUUGGACUAGACUCAACUGAUUAAAUCUCAAACACUUUAA